AUGGCAGAGAAGGUGGGAGACCAGAACGCGCUCAGCGGGCACGGAUGCUUCAAUGCAUACCUGAGCAGAUUCGGGAAACGUAAAGACGCGCACUGCGACCACUGCGACAGCGUGUACGACGACGUCCACCAUACGCUAUUCGAAUGCCCGGCAUGGGACACAAAGCGUAUGGCGGGACUGACGAAGAGUGGCGUGCCAUUGACGGCGGACGCAAUCGCCGAAGAGAUGUUGAAAGACGAGAAAGGAUGGGGCAGGAUCUCGACGGCCAUCACCAGUAUCCUGAGGGCAAAGAGGCACACCGAGAGGAGACUCCAGGCGAUGGCUACACGACAGCCGGGAGCACUCAAUGAGAGCGGUGGCUGA